AUGGCUGCGGGCUCGGAGGUUCAGGUGAGGUCAGUGUGCCGCUCGGCAUAUUAUUAACGGCGGCUGGGGCUCCCUCUCUCCCAGCGUUACUAGUGGGUGAUCCAGGGGGUCGGUUACAGGUUGAGGAGAGAUUAUUUAGUUCUAAAGCGGGAUUCCAUAGAGCGUUUUUGAAAACACAGUGUUCCAAUGUAGGUUCUGGCCUCUGAGCUCGCAUGGAUACACAUUGUGUGUAAUGCUUUUGUCCGACUGCAUUUUAACCAGCUAUUCAUAAAUACGGACAUCAUUCCGAUCUUUCAAUUACUUUAAACUUGAAUAGUGCAAAUGACUGAUAACUGAAUUAAUUUGGUGUUCUGUCCAUUAAAGGGUAAAUAUAUUGCUGUAUAUCCUAAACCUGUGUCAUUCGUUGACCCAGUCAUGCUGUAAGUUAACAUAUUUAUUAUUUUUUUAAAUUUUUUAAUAUUUUGGUUUUCAGCAUGCUUUCUCAUUGUGUACUCGAACAAAAGCUCCCCGUUUCUCCAGUCUGGUAAAUCACCCUGUGAUUGCAGUACAUUCCAAUUUAAAGACGCUUUACUUCUUGAACAAAAACAUAUUUUUUUUUUUCCAAUUUACAAAUUAUAUUCAUGUGUCUUUCUUAUUUCUAAUUUUUAUUUACUUUCAGAAUUAUUUGGGGUUGGAGCUUAAUUCUGAUGCCAAGGGUUUAGAAAGUGAUUCAGACAGUGGUCAAGGUAGUUGUGAAAUGGCCUCUCCUGAGGAGCUGAGUAACAGAAUGGAGUGUCUGGAAGAAGGUAUGUCACUUUUGUUUGCUGUCUUGAUUUUGAAAUUCUUAACUUUUUUGUUGGAGAGUCUGUUACCAAUGGUGUUGCCCCACUUGCGUGACAGGAUUGGAAGGUUCGCCACACUGGUUUUCACAAAGUCAAUCCGUCUCUUUGGUUGAGAACAUUAGUACAGAUGAUCUCAGCCAAUGCAAUCUUUCACCAAAGGGAAACAGGUUAAUGCGCAUGUACAGCAAAACUAUGAGACCAUCUGAUUAAAAUAGUCAAGUUUAACGUGGCUAUUGCUGCUCAAGUGCCUCUAGUGGCUGUAUGGGGGACAACCACUAGAAGCAUGUUAACCUCACAAAUUUUCAGUAGCAGAGUUAAAACUAUAGGGACAUGACACUAACAACUUUAUUGAGAUGAAGUGAAUGUUUGCCAUUUAGAAGUUAAAUCAAAAUUGUUUCUAUUUUGGCAGCCCUAGUCACUUACCAGGUUCUCUCAUACAGCUUCCAUGUAUAAAAAAAAUUCCAAUCAGAUUUUAGAGUACAGUGUGAGUUUAGACUGUAUUUCCUACUUUUAUUUAACUUUUAUCAGCGCAUUAUGCUCAUUCAGGGUCUAGCAGGUUAACAGAACAGGAGAUAAGAGGUUCUAAAUUAAACUGUGUGCAAUAAAGGAAGUUUAAACUUUAGAUCUCUUUCAAGGAAUGUAUAGGAAGGCUGUGUAAGUCACAAGUGGAGAGGUAUGGUAAGGACUGCAUAAGCAAAGUGAUUUCUUUCCUAAAUGGCAGAGAAUUGAGCAGUGAGAUUGCAGGGGCAUGAUCUAUACACCAUCAUUAAAGUACCAUUCCACACUCUAAAAGUACAAUAAUUUGAUGAAAUGCUUUAUGGGCGAGGAGAAUCCGAAUGCAAAAGACACUUAAUAAAACUAUAGAAUUCUGAGGGGCAACCCACCCAUUACGGUGUAACCAAUUAUUGCCUCACAAGAGUAAGUUUUGCUUAGGGUGGAAGGGGGUUUCGGGUACACUUAUUGCUAAAAUGAGGUUUACUAAACUGUUAUGCCCUUAUUCUUUCAAUGCAUUGUAAUAUGUAGUAUUAUUAUUGGCCACCCCUUCAUGUAGCCUCAAAUGAAAACUGUCAACUUCGAGGUGGUAAAAAUGCUGUUGUGAAACCUCUACUUGCACACAUGUAUUAUACAACUUCUUUAUUACAUUGCUUUAAAAAAAUGUUUGUUUGGGCUGUCAGGGAGUAAUAGGAGUUUCAAUGCUCACUUGGUAGGACUGUCGUUUGGAAAUUUGUCCACGGGGUUAUGAUUGACAUGUUCAGCAUGGAUACUCUGUUGCAGCCAACUGCUGCAUUUUACAAAGUUCCAAUUCUUUGGCCAAGCUUUUUUUUAACACUGCAAAGUCCUUAAUUCCUGCUCUGUGGAAAGUCAGUUGCCCGUACCCUAUAACAGUGGUUAGCUACGGUAGAGAAAAUUUAUACUAUAGAAGCAUUCAGUAUCUCUUUAUGAAAACUCACUUUGACGUGUUUCCCUGUCCAGGGAAAACGAGCAUUGUUCUCUUUGGCUCAUGGUCCCCCUCCCAAAUAGUUAUUUUCACUUGCUUUGUUCAUCCUUGUUUAUGUGGUCAGGAAUUGAUUGAUUUAAUUAGGUUUAGAUACUUCAUGAUGUGUGCAGAGCAUACAGUUGCUGUUGAGGAACAUUUUGUAUUCUUGCUUGUUACACUCCUUAGCCAAAAGAGAUCCUGUCCACCUUCAUCGCAUUUGUACAUACCAGGCCUGCCUGUUUCCACUCUUGAUAUCCAUUGUAUCUUAUCCAGUGCUUAUCUUUGUAGAAAUUGCUCAGUUACCCUUAUCACAAGUGGAAAUGCUCAGUGAUACACGUAAUACUUUUGUAAACUUUGACUUGACUGGUUUGGGGGGCAUGUUAGGACAUUUGUGGCAGGAUAUUCAAUGCAUCAUAACCUGUAUGUGCUACAUAAACCGUAAAUCAGCUAAAUUUUUUACUAUACUUUCUUGAUCCUUUUUCAAAGGACGCUACUACUAACAUAAAUUUGAAGUGGUUAUAUCCUAGAACUCUGUUCCUGAAAACUAAAUUAAAUCUUUGAUUUGAGAUUCUCAGUCCCUGUAUUAAUUUCCGCACUCUUUUCUAGUUUAGCUACUCUGUUGCUUUGUCACUUGCAGGAACUGUGCAGUAAUUGCCCACACAUAGCAGAGUUAUUUGUCAAUCUUGGUGCACAGGUAGCAAAUUAGUGAGGAUUCAUUUCAGGGACCACCUCCUAAUACAAUAACAACCACAACUAGUUGUACACUAGUAUCUCUAAGACUAUUUUUUCCCCCUGCCUUUAGUUUAAGGUCAUAUCUACCCUGCCGUCCCAAAUAAUAAAACAUUUUUUACUCCGUCCCUGCAGCCGUCUGAUCCAAUGCUCCUUAUAGACAAGCAUUGGGGAUUAAAAACACAUGCAUGGCCCACAGCUGCAGUCAUCCAAUUAAAUGGUGAAGGUUAUCUAUGAGAACUGUUUGACUUCUGUUUGCAUGCAGUUUGUGAAUAUUGUGUAACUUUUGUCUGUGGCUGUUUGUCCUAGUGUUUUGGUUUCCAGUCACAUAAUAGCACUAAUACUUCAGUGAUGCUGGUUAUCGAUUUCUAAAUAGUCCUAAUCAAAUUACUUAUCUGUACUGUUUGGAUUCUGAGCAUUGCAUUUACUUGUCACAUUUUCAUAUACAUAAAGAUUAUCUUAUUUGUAAACAGAUUCUGAUGAUGAAAUUGUGGUUUCCAAGAAAUCAAAAAACAAGAAAAUACUUGUGGAAAGUGACAGUGAGGGAGAGGAAGUUACAGCAACUACAGUCAAUGAACCAAAUGAAGAAAGUGAGGAAGAAAACAAGGAGAACUCAUCAGGCCUUAAAGGGAAGAGUGGGCGGAUUCGCUUAGUGCUAUUGAACAGUGAUGAUAGUGAAAGUGAAGAUGAGACUGAAAGUGGCAAAACAUCGUUUCAGCAUACCCCAUCAGAGGUGCAUGCCUCCACUUUGAAGGAGAAUAAAAGUCGCAAGUUAUCUAAAAAACAAGGUGGUCAAAAGGAAGAUGAGGGAAAGGUAAAAUCAAAGCGCAGAAUGGAAAAGGCAGAGAAAAGAAUGGCAUCUAUAGGAAAGCUGAAAAAAGAUAAAAAGAAAAAAUCACAGGUAUUUCUAGAUAAAACAUGUCCCACCAAACGAAUAACAUAUUUAACAUCACUCUAUAUCAAACCUGUUCAAAUAUGCUCGUAAUCCCACAAAAAAGUGUGUGUGUGUGUGUAUGAUAAGAACUAACUUGAGCUGGUAAAUGGUUUUUAUCACCAAUGGUAAACUUUUUUUAUAUCCUGAAAAAUAACUGCAAUAUUCAUUUAGAGUGGUACAGACGGUGACAUUCUAUUUGCACAUGUAUACUUGAAAUCUUCAAGUAACCAUGUUUAAAAGAGAAAAAAUUACAAAGCUUGCGUUUUUUUUGGCACUCAGGAUUGUCACUUUGAGCAGCUUCUUACUUUGUAAUUAUUUUGCAAAGGUUCUCAGAUGUCUGAGUUUGUGCUUGUGCUUCCUCUGGGAUGGGGUAAAAGUCUAAAGUCUGAGUUUAAAGGGACACUAUAGUCACCAGUGCAAUUACAUGUAUUCCUGACCCCAUAGUGUUAAAGGACCACUAUAGUGCCAGGAAAACAUACUCAUUUUCCUGGCACUAUAGUGCCCUAAGGGAUGAAGGGGCUCUCCUCCGCCUCCUCGGCUGAAUGCUCAAAGCAUUCACAAUGCUUUCCUAUGGACGCUGGCGUCUUCUCACUGUGAUUUUCACAGUGGUAAGCGCAGAAGCCUUCUAGCGGCUGUCAAUGAGACAGCCACUAGAGGCUGGAUUAACCGUAAUAUAAACAUAGCAGUUUCUCUGAAACUGCUGUUUAUAGAAAAAAGGGUUAAACCUAGCUGGACCUGGCACUCAGACCACUUCAUUAAGCUGAAGUGGUCUGGGUGCCUAUAGUGGUCCUUUAACACGACCAUCUAGCCCCCCUCGGCCCCUCAUGCCUCCAUAAAUAUAGUAAAAAUCUUACUGUAUUCAAGCCAGAAGCUGUAAAUCUGCAUGCUGUUAGACUCAGGAAAAACAAGCAGUCUGCUGACAUGUGAUAGUCUGAUCCAAUCACAGUGCUUCCCCAUAGGAUUGGCUGAGACUGACAAGGAGGCAGAUCAGGGGCAGAGCCAGCAUGAUUCUAACACAGCCCUGUCCAAUCAGCAUCUCCUCAUAGAGAUUAAUUGAAUAAAUGAAUCUCUAUGAUGAAAGUUCAGUGUCUGCAUGCAGUGGGAGGAGAUACUGAAUCACAGGAUGCUUGUGCACAGCAGAUCUGAGUGGAUGGAGGCAUAUUAUGCCUCCAUCAACUCCGAAGUCCCUCUGGUUCACUGUGAGUGACUGCAACUGGGGGUGUUCCUAGCUUUCAAUGUAAACACUGUAUUUUCUCAGGCUGCAGGAAACUAUAGUUCCCACCUGAACAACCUCAUUAAGCUGAAGUUGUUCAGAUGACUAUAGUGUCCCUUUAAUGAAAUUGUGUGUAGAUUUAGGGAAAGUCUGUAGGUGACUAUUUAAUUCCACAGUUGACAAUAACACUUUAAUUACUGUCACAUACUAGAUACAACUUGAAGAGGAAGUGAUUCCACUUAAUGAUAGUGGCUGCUUGCUAGCAAAUGGAGAUUUGUUUGAAAAUGAUGUUGAAGAUGUGAGCGAUCCUGCAGAAGAAGAAUCCUUAGAUGCAAUCAGAGCUACUGUUAUAGACAAACUAAAGGGUUGGUCGGUAGGUAUCCUCAAUAAUGGCUUGAUUUUUAUUUCUAAUUUUAUAAACAGAAAAAGGAACAUACAGCAGUAUAUUAAAACGUGCGUGGAAUGGAAGUAGAUAAACAAUAUUAUUUAAGAAAAAAAACUAAACUGUAUGAGUAUAAAUAGGGCAGGGAGUAAUGAAGUAAUGGGAAGCAUCCAAACCAUAUUCACAAAGUAGUGUCCUGCUUUUUUCUUUCUUUGUCUCCAGCUCUAAAAUAAGCUAGACUAAUGAUUUAAAAAAGAAAAGGGGAAUGUUUAUAAUAACUUUAAUUGCAGUCUACCUUCAGCUGUGACAUGAGUGGAGCUACUGAAAAUCUUCAUAAGAUAUAUGCCCCAACACAUGCAUUUAUUUUUUUAGUGAUCUUUUAAACUCUCCAUAAAAAAAAUAAAAAAAAACACAUGACUAUCACACACUUCAAUACAUGAUGCGUACCUAGUCAGUCACACACAUAAUCCCUUUGCCAAGUGUCUGUAUUGAGAUAUAGGAUGACUGCAUGUUUAUUGGGUACUCAUAAACUUACUAAAGUUAGAUUUGUUGGGAAUUCAAAUUGGCUAUUUUGGGUUUAGAUUUAAAGUGAAAGAUUAGUUGACUUGGUUAUAAAAAGUUUACUUUGCAUUCUUAACAAUUCUCACUAACUUUAGUGAAUGCCCCUGCUAGAAUCUUUAAUCCCAUCUGGGGUAGCAGUGCAUUAUUUUUAUUGGUUGCCAUAACUUCAACCAGUAAUUUCCAACAUUCUCUUGACCACUUAACUGUCCUGGAAAAUAUGGGACAUAUUGUGAUUUUAUGUGCCCAUUUCUAUGACUGUACAAUUACGGUUUCUCUCCUAAUCUUAAUGUUUAAUUAUAAAUCAUGAGUUUUAUCAGUUUAGCAUGGGUUGAAACAGAGUCUGGGAAAUUGAUCCAUUUAUAGAAUUGGGUACAAAGUAAACCUUUGGCUUUGUUAUAUUUGAAAAUACAAUCUUGUCUUAAUGGAUAUAUUUACCCAGAAACUCCAUCUUACAAGAGCUCAUGGAUGGUGGGGCAAUAGAUAAUGGCUUAGGAGAUAUGGGAUUCUUCCAUGUACUGUGAUACAAAUAAUGAAAGCUUCAUGCAACUAGAACUAGCCUUAAACGACAUGAAUCUGGUGAUUUAGAUGUUUGGCUAUGUCAUGCUACUUUUCUGCAUUUUUCUUUUUAGUGUAUCAUUUAUUUAUUUAACUUGUUUAAAAAGGUUUUUUUUUUGUUUUUGUUUUUUGUUUUUUGUGGAAAUGCAUGUAAUUUCAGUUUUCCUGUGCUACUAGCCAAGCCUUAAAAUGUACUAACCUGAUGUUACUCACUAGGGAUACAUUUUAAUCAUUAAUGGCGAGGACACUUCUUGAUCCCUAUUUGUGUUAUUAAAAAAACAAAACAAAACUUAUAUUUAUACAUUUUCUCAUGUGCCUACUCAGUCUGCUGAUUAUGAAGACUCUGACCCUGAAGAGGCGUUUAGUGACAGACCAGAUCAUGGAGAUAAAAGAAAGGUAUGCCCACAAUUUGGAAUCGACCAAUAUUGAUUUUUAUUUUUUUUACUUUAAAUUUUUUUUUUUUUGGCCCCCCCCCUGCUUGUUACCUGGCCAGGGACGGGGGGAUAUAGCAUUCCUUGGUGGUCCAGUGGCAUGGACUGUGCAGUGGGAGCCCAGCAAGCUCUUACUUACCUUCCCUUCAGCUCCCCAUGUGUAAAUCUAACGGCCUGUGUGCUGCGCAGAGCGUUGCCAUGGUAACCCGUUGCAACGCUCUGACUGCCGCAGGACUCACAAGAUUUACACAGGGGAGCUGCUGGGAAGGUAAGAGCUUGCUAGGCCCCCCAGGACCGGUGGGCCUGGUAUGUAUAAUCUGCAAUAUCUGUAUAUUUAUUGGCCGAUACUGAUAUUGCCGAUAAUAUCGGCCAGACCGAUAAUCUGUCAAUCCCUACAUACAAUAUACUUCUAUCCUCCUUUAUUCAGCUGUAGGGUGUUUUUUGAUUAUUAUGCUGACUUAUUGGCCUUCAUGUACAUGUUUAGGUGGGAGGCAGCAUCUAGGAUGGGAAGCACAGUUAAUGCUACUGAAUGAUUUUUCUUCCUAGUGCACUGUGAAUGUAUUGUUUCUCCUGCUUUUAUGUUAAAGGAGAGAAAAGCUGCACGAAUGAGCAAAGAGGCAAUUAAACAACUGCACAGUGAGACCCAGAGACUUAUAAGAGGUAAACCUAUUAAGUCCCCCCUUUCCUUUCCUUCAUGUGCUAGAUGUACUGGUCUCAAGACUGUCAAUAGUUACUUUGCUUACAAUUGUUUUCUUUCCUAGAGUCUUCAGUGUCUCUGCCUUACCAUUUACCUGAACCCAAAACUAUCCACGACUUUUUUAAACGUCGUGCAAGGCCAACAUGCCAAGGCAGUGCAAUGCAACUUAUUAAGUAAGAUAUACAUAUGUUUCAUAAUGGUGUACUUAUGCAAUGCACAUCUAAAGCCCUGCAAGGAGUGAUUGAAAAUAAACUUGCUUUUCAGAUAAAAAUCUUCUGGCAUUCUGAUCUGACUUAACAUUCUACAUUAAUAAAAGUAUGUGAAUAAGGGGCACAUCUGUUAAUGUUCUUUAUUUUAAGUGCUGUGACAGGUGCACCACAGCUUUCUAGUUAAGACUACUAAAUUCUCCCAUACUACUUCUCAAUUAAGUGGUCUUGGUCCAGUGGCCCUGUAGGUUUAACACUACAAGGUGAAAAAUAGUUCUUGUGUGGGUGCUAAAAGCCAAACUCUUGAAGGGUUAAACAUGCCUCUAGUGGCUGCCAUAUUGAGAGCCACUAGAAACUCUUCUGCUGUAAUUGCAGUAAAACCCGGUCAAGCCAAAUUGCAGCUAAUAGGAAAGCAUUGCAUUUCGAUGCAUGUUCUUGCUACGCAUGUGCGUCAGGUCCCUAAUCAUUCUCUAUGAGAAGCAUUGUAUUCAACCAGUGAUGAAAAAUCAUUGCUGCCACAAUGUCGCUGGAGUGGUAGACUGCCUCGACACUGGAAACGGUUAAGGAAAAAUCUUUCCAUCAUUUUUAUUAUUGCACAUGGUGUGGGGAGCACUACUACUAUGCAUUACAAACACUUUAGUGUUCUUUUAACAGUUUAUACAUAUUGUGACUUUUUUUCUUUUUUCAUCUAAAUUUAAAAGUACAUGAAAAAACCUCUACCUACUUAGUUUUGCACACAAAAUGGGUGAUGUAACAUUUUAAAAAUUCAUUACUGCUAAAUUUUGUUCGUCUUAUAGCUUCAUGUUUGGUUUGUUAUUGAUGGAACAUAUGUGGGUCUAGAACAGAAAAAAUGGAACACCUGAAUUGGUAACAAGUUUUAAGAGAUUUUCUAGAAGAAGCUCUGAUGUCAAAUACUAAUUUUUCCACAGAUCAACAAAGUAUCAACCAUGCAAUGUUAAAGAAACAACUGUUCACUUGGUGACUCAUGGAUCAGAGAUCCAAAAAAAUGAUUUUGCUGAUAAAGUACAUAAAAUUGGGUCAGAAUGCCCACUUCAAGAGCCCAAUGACAUGGAAACAGCUGAUCAGGAAGCCGAAAAGAAAAUUAUUGCUGAGGUGCCGUGUGAACCAACAGUUACUAAUGACCUAGAAAUUUCUACAAAAACAUUACCCUGUGAAGACCCAUUGGAUCACACGGAGUCCGUCCAAAGAGCCGUAGAGCAGGAUGAAAAUGAGAUUGCUGAAAUCCCCUUGGAAACCCAUGAUCCACAGAAUGAAAAUACAGUUCAUCAAAUGGCUCAAGACAAUGAAAGCACUUCCCUAACCACAACAAUACAAGCCAUACCCAAGCUAUCAAAGUUGGAAAAGUUGCGUGCUCUUGGAGUGGACCUAUCAUUAAAACCUCGCCUCUGCCCCGACAAUGGCUCUUUUGUAAAUUUAGAUGAGCCGCAAGUAAAUAAAGGUACUUAAUUUAUCACUGCACUUUUACAUAUACUUGUAUAAACAUUGCCCGCUAUCAUAUACAUAUUGUAGGACUAUAAAUUGGCAUAUAUGUCUUAAAGUAUGUGCCAAUUUAUAGUCAAUAAAGUUGUAUUUGACAAACUGUUUAGUUUUUUGAUGUAUUGCCUCCUUCAGCUCCCAAUGUGUAAAUCUUUCCUCCCCAAACGAAAGAACAAAACCAUUGUAGUGCCCUUAUAACAGAUUGUUACUCACAGGGUUAUUCACUAAAGUAAGAAUUCAAAGCGAAUUUCAAAUUUUAAGGUUUGCCGAACUGAAACCUAGCUAUAUUGACCUUAAAUGUGAAAUUUGCUUUGGAUUCUCACUUUAGUAAUUAACACUAGUAUUGAGUGUAUUCUAGUUCUUGGAUAAACUUGCAUUGACUGAACUCCAUUCCUAUGUUUUAGGAAUAAUUUGAUGCAAUGUUAAAAAAAAAAUUAAAAAAAAAUUAUUUAUUUGUCUUACUGUCUUAAUUUGGUGUGCCUCAGCUCUUGAAGCUCUGAAAGAACGUUUCCUGAAGCACACCCUUCAUAAGCCCAAACCUGUUGCUGAGAGAAAGGUAAACCUCACUAUUGUCCGCAAAGAGGCCACUGCUAAUGGGAAGGAGGAGCUAAAAGCAGAUGUUGUACCAGUCACCAUGCAGGGAGAAAUCCUAGAGGAGCAAAUUCAUGGGAAACCAGGUAUUUACUAUGGAUAUUUAUUACAUCUUUAAUAGUCCAAGAUAACUACUACAGCAUGCUGUAGUGGUAAUGGUGCCAGGAGUUUUCUAAUGAACCCUCCCAUUCUCUCACACCCCUUAAUGGUUUGUUGUCUUAACUAGGAUGCACCAGUCACUAACGUUGGUUUGCAAUGAGCCCUGAAAGAGUCAGCAGAUUGCUUUUAACUAAUGAGCUUAGCCCUGCUCAACUAGGCUUCUCAGAGCUGAACGCAUCUGGCUAUUACAGAGCCAGGACUCUACUGGCACCAUAACCACUAUAAGUGCUUUGUGUGUACCUGCGACAUUAGGUAUAUCUCAUAGUUCUCUGCUUUUGCACCCAUCCAGGAGAGAAGCUGCAGGUGCUGAAAGCAAAACUGCAAGAAGCCAUGAAAUUACGUCGCAAUGAAGAACGUCAGAAGCGUCAGGCUCUCUUUAACUUGGAUAAUGAAGAUGGCUUCUAUGAUGAAGAGGAGGAGGCAGAAAUGACUGAGUCUGAAGAGGAGGAAGACGGAAACGCAGAGGUAAGCAACCUUUCUGUCUAACUUCAGAGACAAAACCUAAUAAUAUUCUAUCUGUUCAAGAAUUUUUCCGUAAAUUGUUAUACGGACCAUUUGGGCUUUCUUUUUAAUAUUUACACAUGCACACAUCAAGUAUCGGUAACAUGUUAGAGAAACAGGGUGAGAAAGAAAAAAAAAAAACAGGGUGCCUGGUCCCUCUCUUUGGAUCCAGACCUGAACCUAAACCACCCUGUAAAUUAUGGCUACUCGCCUAGCAACCUGAGCGGCUACAGUGUUCUCUCAACCAAACACUGGUUUAAGUGAUUAAUAGCUCUUCUGACCUAUACCCAAACACUAGACCAGACUGUGUGCAAGGACAAGACAAAUCUGGUUUAUUGAACAACCGUACAAGCACUAGUUGUUACAUAAAUAUGUGAACUUAUAAAUCGUUGGGAGACUGCAGUGAUCCAUUCGGAACACACACUCCUGGUGCCAAUAUGUCUGGGCUGAGCUAAGUGUUAAGGGGGAAAAGGGAACCAGCCGCUGUGUAUACUAUGAACAAAAAUGGAAAAGGGGAGGUCUCUGGAGAGAAGCUCAAUCAAUCUAAGGGCACCACUGGAUAGGGUAUACCCUCAGCUACCUAUAUUGUAAAGUUAAAGUGUUCUGGUUACCAGGGGUCAGUGAGUGAUCAAAUUCAUUACUCCUUUGUUAAGAACCAAUCUCACACAAUAUUAACACAUUGUCAGUAGAGGUUAACACUAUAGUCCCCAUGUCUAGUGUCUGGUUUUUAAUGUUCCUUGGUGAUUGACCUGUUAAUUACACACUUUUAGAUGUUCAAUUUGGGACUCUCUCAUAUGGACAUCUUUUUUAAAAAAUUUAUUAACUCUUUUCUGUUUGUUUCUCACAUGCAUCUCAUUUUCAUGGGGAAUUUCACAGACCACAUGUGUCCCAAAACUGUUAACUGUAAACUCAAUCUUUGUAUUCUGCUACUCCCCUGGAGUACAAUAACUCAAAUGUAUAUCUUGCCACCUGUUAAAGGAUUUCUUGUGUAAAAUAAUUUUGCCCUAAUUUUGACAUGUCACUUUACUUACCUCCCAGAGUUGCUGUUUGGCGAGGUGACAUGAUCUGUGUUACUGUAUUGACCAGCAUCACACUUGGACACUAUUUCUAACCCUAGCCCUAAUAUAGAUGAAUUGGGGAUUUACUCUGCUUACACAGUACAACAUGCUUGUACGGUGUAAUUACAGCAUGGGAGGGAGUCAGCUUUAUACCAUCCAUGGUGGUGCUGGCUGAGCACUGAUCGCUGUCUUCAGGUAGACAUGCAGGAGAGACCUGAAAGUUUGGUUUUUUUUUCAGUUUUCAUUGGUCUACCUGUUUCAGAGUAUUAACAGUGGUUUAACAUGGUCAUUCAGCCUCAGUGAUUCUUUUUAAAAUGACUUCUGCACACAUCUCAUUGGUCAGUGUGGGGUCACUAAAUAUGCCAGGUGGUGUCAAAAGGGAGUCCCAGGUUUUAAACAAUACCUGGACCCCCCAGUCCGUCCCUGUAUUUGUCUCUUUGUAACAAAACUACAGAAUGUUCCACACUCUCCUAAGGGACUGUGAAGAACACCCAGAGUAUGCUAAGGGUUAAUCAUAAAAUUAAAUCUGUAAACAAAUAGUGCAGGAAACUUACUAAUUUUUAGUUGCUAUCCAGGCCUUAAAGCUUGCUUGCUACCACAAAAGCUUGCCACCGCUUUUUCAUUCAUUAACUUAUGUGAUCAUGGUGUUGUAAGUGCAUUAAUGCAGCUAUAUAUUUUGUGUUUAGUGACAUUAACAGUGAAUGCGAUAAGGUGUGUAUUGUACAAGUGCAGGGAUACGUUUCUGUAAGGCACCAGUGUUUCAAGUAAGGGGUGAUUUUGUGAGCAUGUUUGCACCCAAUUCAGCACUUCAUGACACUAGCCAAAACCCUACUUUGUCAUCUCCAAAUUUCCCAGCCUGUGUGUAUUCUGGUCUUACCAAUCCUUAUGGCUCUUUCAGCCAUCAAUUUGUUUAAAAAAAAUGUUUUCUCCCUCGUCCUGUGCCCUUUACAGUGAGGUAGCUUCAUGGAGCUUUGCCUAAUUGAAUCCAGAUCACUACUGCUUGCUAGAGGGAUGUGAUCUUGGAUGUCUGUAAAGAUAGUUGCUGGUAAUUGAUCAUUGAUUAGGCUGGCUCCCUGCUGCUUUGCUUGUUACCACCAAAAACGGUUUCUGGAGUUCUGCUUCUCUCUGUAUUUGCAAUACAGUGAUAAAUAUGCAAAUGAGCUUAAACUACUUUAUCACGGUUCUAAGUCUUCACCCUGCUUCUAUAGUUCUGAAAGUUCAAAUGUGGUGUGUGCAAACACAGAAUGGCACUGUAAUUGAAAAUGUAAUUCCUUGAUUCAGUGCUACUCUCCUUGCAUAUGGAUAUCUGGACUCUGCCAAUGAAACAUGCUUAAAGUGAAAUGGAAAUUACUUUUGUUUGCUUUGUAUCUUGUUAUUCUAUAGACUGCUGAGUAUCUUCUAGGAGAGGGGGGUGGAGAUGAGGAUGAAAAUGAAGAUUCUUCAAAGCCUGAAGUUUUAGAGAAAGAUCUAACUGAAGUGUCUAUACCUGAGAGAAGACCACGAGCUACAGAAGCUACCUUGAUGUUGUUUAAAGAUCAUUCCACAAAACAUGGGUAUGUCUAAUUGCAUUUUUUUUUUUUUUUUUUUAAUGUAUUUGUAAGUAGGAACAUAAGUGGCAGUACAAUAUACAACACUUGCACACGAGGCAGGUAACUACAUUUUUUACAAAUGAAUUAUUAAAUAUUGAAUAUUUUUGACAUCAGAAGUGUAAGUACAAGCUAUAAUUUCUUUUCAGGCAUUUAUUGUUGUAAUUGCAUAUUUUCUAAUAGUUAUACUUGAACUUUGGGAUAUGUGUGGAGACAAAAAAUGUGCAAUCAUAGUGAGCAAGCGCAUACAUUUGCAUAAAAAUAGCACAAUCUUUAACUGGUUCUAAAUCAACCACCAUUCCUUAUUUGAUGCCAAGGGUCAAAUAUUUAUUUUUGUGCGUAGUAGUAGCCACUUUCAGACUGUGAUAUUGGGUACAGUAGACGGCUUAAGGUCCGUGAGGAACGGAAGGGAACAGAAACCCUAUUCUACCAUUGAACCAAAUGAGUGGCAGAAAAGAGCAACAUUUAACAUUGGAUGACAAUUAGCCAAAAUGUCCAGUAACUUAAUUUUUUCAUGCAUCAACUAUCAAAUGUGUGCUAAGAGAGAGACCCACUUUUUGUUAGUGCUGUAUCUAAUCCCUGAGCUCUGCUUUUGUAUUUUAACACUAAUUUUCACACAUUGAAGCUUUUCUUUGUGCUAUGAAACAUUAGCAGAAUUACUUUGUGUCAACCAAAGUUUAAUGCACUAUUGUGUUUAUUUCUUGCAGAGAUUCCCUUCCUGGUAAAAUGGAUCAUGGUGAUAGUGUAUGCAAAGGAAAUGGCAAGAUGGGUAAAUAAUGCUUUUACUGUUCACAAAAGCUGUCACAUCAGUUACAGUGGUUACUUAAGCAGAUUAAUGGGGCCGUUGUCAACAUUAACUAGAAGGCUAAAUGUAUGGAAACAAAAACAAUCAAGUUUCUUUAUAUGUGAAUAGUGGCACCUGAGGCUGUAUUUCAUAGAUGGCUCAUUUUGUUUACUUGGUGUGUAGCACUACACAUGUGUAAUCAUUCAUCUGGAUAUUUAUUUAUAUAUAAAUCUUUUAUAAAGUUGAUCUGCACCUGGUAAAUUGUGUACCAAGACAACUUUUCAGGAUUUCGUUCUCAAAUCCAUCCUCAUGCAAAUGUUUUGUAAAUUAUACAUUUCCCUAAUAAAUGGUAGGCUAAUCCAGUGUUCCCCAACCCAAUCCUCAUGGACCACCAACAGUCCAGGAUUUAGGUAUUUCCCUUUUUUAUUCUAAUGGAGAUACUGACAAAACCUUGACUGUUGGUGGUCCAUGGGGACUGGGUUGGGGUCAAAUCCUCCUUAGGGUGCACCUCUAAUUCUUUGCAUAGCUCCAAGCUGGAUCAUAUUGGGAUGAUCUUGAGAAAGCUACAACUGAGAGGUUUGCUGACUUUCCACAUUAAGUGGCAAUCUUCUUAAUGCAAACCCUACACAUUGCUGUAAUGAUUAGAGCAGUGUUUCCCAACCCAGUCCUCAAGGCACACCUACCAGUCCAGGAUUUAGGGAUUACCCAGUUGUGUCUAAGGUGUGUUUUUUUUUUUUUUUUAAUUCUUUGUAAAAACACCUUAGACACACCCUGUAAUCCCUAAAUCCUGGACUGGUAGGUGUGCCUUGAGGACUGGGUUGGGAAACACUGCAUUAGAACACAACCUUGGCUGACCUUUUGACUUACUUGCUUUUAGAAUGCUCCCCAUGCUAACCUACUUAGAAGCAUGCUAUGUCUUUUUGAUAGCCCAAUAUUAUAAAAAAUUGUGUGCACUGCAGAGGAAGUUUAAAACAAAAAUAGUGCCUAAAGCCAAAUAUGAUUAUGGUCCAUUUUACAGAUGUUUACAUUUUUAAAACUUAUUUCAUAAUUGCACAAUAUAGUGUUCUACAUUGGGAUAAUGCCUGGCCUCCAUAUUUGUAGGCUAUUGGCUUAUGGCAUAGCCACCUCAGUGAAGCAUAUCUCCACGGAACAUGUGAUCAAUAUUUUUUUUUUUUUUUUUUUUUAGAAUUAAACCAUAAAGCAUGAAUAACGUUUAAAAAUGUUUUAUAUCACUUCCCACUUUAUGGUUUACGCUUCCAUAACACAUUAGGCAUAGAUUUUGUAAGGUGCAAAAUACAUCUUUUUUAACAGAAUUUUUAUUUUUUUUAAAAGCUGACAAUAUAUACAUUUGCUAGUUGUAUGACUGAGUUCCAUUUAAUCCUUUCUUCUGUUUUAUAGGCAGAGAGAUUAAACUGCAGCGAUAUAUUUGGCCAGAUAUUUUAGUAGGCAAACUACAUUUAAAAUGCACUCUGGUGCUUUAAUGUCACAUGUUUUCUAUACCCUGCUUAUUAUUCAAAUUAAAUGUGUGCUACACGUUAGAUAUAGGACAAACUAUGUAAUCCGAGGUCUUACUCAAACGUAUAACAUACAGAAUUUGAGUAGUUUGCAAGCCAUUCUAUUUAAAAAAAAAAAUAAAAUUCUUAUUUUCCAACUUUCAGUUGUUUGCAUGCCUACAGUAAAACAAAAAUCUAAAUCUUACAAUACAUACUUAUUCUCGAAGUACAAACAUGGUACACAGUAACUUAUUUUUUAUUAUUUUGAUCUUAAGUUUCAGAGGAAGAAGAUUCUCUUCUCAAUAAGGAAAACAGCCACAAUAGCAGUUUUGAACUUAUUGGCUCAAUGAUUCCUUCAUACCAACCAUUCAAUAAGAAUGCACGAGGUUCCCUUCACUCUACAAUAGGUGGAUUCCGCUCCCCAUCUCCAAUGCACUUUAAAACCAGUUUCCUCAGCUCUGCAUCAAAGGUUGGCACUUUUUUUUAAAUUUUAUUUUUUAUUUUAUGUAUUUCUACAAUUUAACAUGCUUCUCAAUAAAUCUAUAUGCUGUAAUUGUUUUGUUAGCUUUCCCUCUAAUGCAGUGGUUCCCAACCCAGUCCUCAAGUACCCCCUAACAGUCCAGGAUUUAGGGAUUAUCCUGUUGUGUCUAAAGUGUUUUUAGAAAGAAGGGGGGAAAAAAAUAAAACACUUUAGACACAACAGGAUAAUCCCUAAAUCCUGGGUUGGGAACACCUGCUCGAAUGUAUGUUAACAGAAAUUGCAUUACCAAAAAAAUUGAAAGUUAAUUUUAGAGUAAAUGGUAAAUUCCAGGCCUGACAAAUGUUAAUGCACAUGUAACUUUAAAUCUGAAAGAAGUAACUGCUGAUUCAUAACCAUUCUUUUGUUUUUUUUGUUUUUUGCAUAUUUGUAUAGUUAACCCCGAUUAACUUCUAAUGAUUGCUUAUAAAGUGCAAUUUGUGUAUACUUUCGAUUUAAUGUAUCAAGAGUAUCUCACUGAAAAACUGACUAUCUUUUUGUUCUCAGAGUUCUGGUAAGAUGUCAGAACCAUCUCUUCCUGUGGAAGAUUCACAAGAUCUGUACAAUGCCUCACCUGAGCCCAAAGCUUCAUACCUCUGUGCUGGUGGAGACUCGCAAUUUCAAUUCUCUUUGGAAGAUGACACUCAGAGCCAGCUGCUUGAUGCUGAUGGGUAAUGCAUGAGUUAUCUGAUGUGCUUUGUCUUUUUAUGUAGCUACAGAAUUCUCUUGUCACACUGCAGUGCAGGAGUAGGCAAUCUUGUGUACUCGAGAUGCUUUGCCACCAUUAUGGGAGCUGUAGUCUACACCAUCUGGAUUGCUGAAUGUUGCCUACUCCUGCUGUAGUGCAUCAGUCAAACACUAAUGCACAGUCUUUCAAGAUGUUGGACAGACUUAGAAUGGUGUGUAACACUUUUAUUUUGCAAGAGCUCACAAAAGUAUUUGGUUUUUGUUUUUAAUUUUUUCUGCUUACACCCAGAUUUGUUUGCCACAAAUGAAUUAACUUAAAAUAUUUCAUGUCAUUGCACCUCAUUAUGUAAAAUUCUUCAUAUAUUACAAAGGACAGGGCUAUACAUUUUUUUUAAUGUAUUUUUUUGUUCCCGAAAGGUUUCUAAAUGUUGGCCAUCACAGGAGCAAAUAUAGCUCUGCCAAGCACCGGUUAACCCUGGAUACUAUGGAUGAGAAUGCCAUGGACGCCAACAUGGGCGAGUUGCUGGAUUUAUGUUCAGGGCAGUUCAAUGAUGCCUCUCAGGCACUUGGUAAAGAGAACAAAGAAGAUGCAAUGGAAGAAUUACUGGGGCUUUGUUCUGGCAAGUUUGCAUCACAAAGUAAGAGCUUAUAGUAGUUCAUAUUAGAAACCUACAUUCAUUAUCAAUUAGUGUUUCUACUUUUCCAAUUCACAUAUUACCGAUGCAAACAAUAUCAAAUUAUUUUUAAGGUCGUUGUGAUUUUGUCUAAGUCCCUCCAUGUGAGAAAAUGAUACAAGUGAGAAAAUCAAUAUAAUAUGUAUGUAGACUUUCACCUGCUUUAAGCCAGUUACUAUUGGGGAACGACUCAUGGGGGAGGGGGGGGUAGGGAGGCAGAAUGGCCCGCCCCAGUUGUCACAUUGUAAAAAGGGGUGGCUGGGACCCAUCACACACAGUUCUAUUUUUCUCUCUUCAACUCUCACUAGCCCCUGGCCAUCUGUGCAGCAUACUAGGCUUGUGAGAGUUGGAGAGAGGACCUGCCGGAAACAGACGAUAGCAUGUGCUGGGUGCCAUCUUCCCCUUUACAAUGUGAAACUCCCUGGCAGUCCCACAAAAGCCACCGGACCACCAGGGAGUGUAAUGCCCACUCCAUGGCCACAGGUGAAAGACUGGUAUGGGGAAUAAAAUGUAAUAACUUUUAUUUUAUUUAUUAAAUAUACACACACACUGCAUCCACCGUGCACACAAAUAUUCUUAAACUAUCUUUUUAAAUCUGUUUGGCAUGUGUAUUUUCUUCAUUUACCUCUCAAGAGAUACAAGAAAAAUUCUACACAUAGCUGCCAUUAACUAAUCAAGUUUAUUUAAAAAAAAUAUAUAAAAAAAAUUAUAUAAUUUUUUUAUUUUAUUAAUUUUUUUUAAUUAUUAUUUUUUUUUAAAUAAACUUGAUUAGUUAAUGGCAGCUAUGUGUAGAAUUUUUUUUUUUCAUUUAGAAUUAAAGAGAAUAUCGAUACAGCUGUCCACGCAAAAGGCCACCAAUAAUCUGUAUCGACCAUUAAAAACAAAUGUAGUGCGAUCCCUAGUUAAUAUAGAUUAUUGCUAUAAUGCAUUUAUUUCCUCCUUAUAGGAUUUGACAUUUCAUGUGUUUGUAUAUAUUUGUAAUUGUUUUUUUAAUCUUGUUUGUUUUUGAAGCUGACACUUCAACUCAGAAUUGUUCUCCUUCAAAGUCAGGCAAAGAACCUCGGGAUAAAGAUCUUGUGUCUGAUGCAGCAGCAUUGUGUUCUGGCUCCUUCCCGUUGGAAAGGUAUCUCACAAAAGAUGUGGAUGCUUACAUACAUGUUUAUAAUGAACCUGUUAUCCACAUUUCAAUUUGAAAUUUGUUUAAUUUUAUUUUUUGAUGUUCUAAACGGCUUAUUGGCUGUAAUAAAGCAAACAAGUGAUUUCGUGGGGCUACACCAUAAUUUUACUAUUCUUGAAUAUCCCACUCAUUUACUUUAUUCUGAUGUUGAUUGUGUUUUUUGAGACACAUAGGUAGCCGUAGCAUGAAGCAGGAGCUUAAUCAAAAUUAAAGGGACACUAUAGGCACCCAGACCACUUCAGCUAAUUGAAGUGUUGAAAAUGUUUGCAUUGCAGUACUAAGUCUGCCUCCAGCCACUGAGGGUGCUUCCUGCAUCAAAACUGACCUUUUGUCUGGUAAAUAACGCUGGACGUCCUCUUUGCAUGAGGAUAUCCUGUGUCAGAUUUUUUUUACCCCCAUAGGAAAGCAUUGAUUCAAUGCUUUCCUAUGUGGAGGUCAAAUGUGCACACGGCUCGUCAUGGUGCGUCUGCGCUGGAACAGGUAAGUAAAGGGUUUUUAACACUUUAAUGCAGAAAGGGGGAGGCAGAGGGAGUGAUAGUGCCAGGAAUACAGCUUUGUAUUCCUGGCACUGUAGUAUUCCUUGAAGUACUUCAGAUUAUCCUUCAGUGAGACAGUUUGUUUUUUUGUUUUUUAUUUUUUAUAUAUGUUAUCUAAAUAUAUUGGCUUUUGAGAUGUUGUCAAUUGGUCUUGCUUUUUUUUUUUUUAAACUAUGUAGACUCUUCAAAACUUUAUACUACCUAGCAGAAUUGAUGUAGAAUUGAUGUCACUAUAGCCACAGUAACAUAAACAUUUCACUCAUACGGUUAUCCUGUCUCUCCACAGAGAGGAAGAGGAGGAGGAGGAGUUUGGCGAUUUUCAGCUCUUACCAUGUGAAGACUCAGACAGUGAAAAGGUAACUUGGAGCAAAUUACUUAUGGUUAACAUCAAUGUGAGAUGCAUAAUCUGAAAAAAAUAAUUUUUUUUAAAUGUACUGCUAAGUAUGUAUUAUCCUCACAUUAUGCUGCCGACUUCUUUACAUACAUAUAAAAUCAACCACUAAAUGGUAAUGAUUUUACUCUCAAUCUUGUCAAUCUUUAUUGUAAGAUUGUACAUUGAACAAAAAGUAGGGCCCACCUUCUUCCUCAUGUAAUUUUUCAAUUAAAAACAGCACUUGUCAUAAAAAUGAAAACAGAAUGCAUGUUUUACAGCAAACUGAAGAGCUUUAGUGAUCUGGAGUGUCCCUUUAAGUUACAAAAGAUACUCAGUGUUCUAUAAUUUUGUUUGUGCGUGUAUGAAUAAUUUUUUUAAAUACAUGUGUGUGUAUUUAUAACAUUGUUCCUGGUGACUUUAGAUUACUGGGCCCACCACUUUACAAAUUAAAAUAAAGAAAAAUUAACUUCUCAUCUAGUAGUAUUAUGGUGGACAAACUUGCAUUCAAGCAAGGUGUGUAAACAAAACUGUAUGCUGAUGUAGACUGUAACAAUAGUAUACAUUAUAAUUCCAUGCCUCAAGACGUUGCAUAUCUCAAAUGUUUAUGAAAUCUAUCUAUAUGCCGUUAUGACUUUAUCACAUUAGGACCCAUCCUGUUUGAUUGUCUAGCAGUAUAUUUCUGAGUUCUAAGUAUUUAGAAUAAUGUGAGCAAUAUACUGACUUGAAUGGGUUUUAUUCCAGGAGGAUGAAAGUAAUGAUGAGGAAAAUAAUGAAGGCAGUGAUAAUGAAGAAAAAGAAGCUUCUGAUGAGGAAAAAGAUUCUGAUGAAGAGGAACUCUUAAGACAACACCAGAAGAAGAAAAAGCUGUAAGUUAUGUCUGCAGACACAAAUAGUAUAAUGUAAACAUGAUAAAGGGUACACUCCAAGAGCAGCGCUCUGUAGUGGUUAUAAUGUUAAGGGUUACCUAUUAGCCCCACCCUUUAUGUAAUAGUGAAACUGUUUUAGAAUGGACUGACUUCAUACUUGGGGUCCACCCUACCUCUCAGAGAGCCAUAUGCUGAUGUGGUUAUGGUGCUUGGAUUGUUUUUUAAAUGUAUCUGUAUAUUUAAAAAAGUGUUUAUUUAAUCCAUAUCUGGUUCCACUGCUGACUAAAUGGCAGCCUAAUGGAAGUUCACUGCAUGCCUGGCAUCUUCCUAUAAUCUACUUCAGUUUUGUUUUAGGGAACAGGUUAUAUGGGUUGAGUACUUUGUCAGAUAUUUACUAGUUUGUGCAUUUACUAGUCAUUCUGGAAGCAUAAUGUACACAAAUGUAUUGACAAUUACAAUGGAAUGACUUCACUAUUAAAAUGAUCCUUCACGUGUUUGGUUAUUAAAUUUACAUCAGCAACAUUUACAAUCAUGUAUUUUAUUUUAAUUGUAGAAGGCUGAAGGACUUCAUGGAAAAUGAGGCUGAGCUGUCUGGAAGUGACAUAGACAGUGGAGAUGAGGAAGAGGGGGACGAGGAUGAUGAAUACGAGGAAGAAGCUAUUGAUGAAGACCUCCCUUCAGAUGAAGAGUUGCAAGACCAAGUCAACAAGAUCCACAUGUUAGUAUACCUCUUGCACAGCAACAUCUGAUUUACCCCAUUCUACAAUGUAAUAUUGACUUUGCAGGAUAUUUGCAAUGAGUGGUGAAAGACUGUGAUGCCAUCAAUGGAAUGUAUGAUUCCAUGCACACUUACCUUUGGCCCGCUUUAUCUUACUUCAUUGAAAGUUAAUGUCUUGGCAGUGUCAGAUUAGGAUUGAAAACCAUUUCCAUUUAGGACAUAGAAACAUUAUACAUUGUGUAUCACAAAGUCUAAAAGAAUAAACAAGUGUUUUUGAGAAAAUGGUUAUCAGCUAUUGAUCCUAAAUUCUCCAAAAUAAAUUAUUUGGGGGGAAAAAAAUCGACUUUCAACAAGACUAAUGUUAAUUGGCCUAUUUCCGCACUAUAAAAUUUAUAGAAUAUACAUAUUCUACUUUUCUGUGACACAAAUGACCAAUAUAACUUAUGGAGCAAGGAAUAUCAAUGUUGAUCUUUUGCUGCGACAAACCUCUAUAUUUUAGAGCAAGAAAAUAAUUUUUUAACCUUUUUGUAUUUGUAUUACUCAACACUAAAAAAUGCCCCAUUCUUAAAUACGCUUUAAGAGUAUUUUUUUUUAAUCCCUGAUUUUUCAUUUGCAGGAAAGUGACCAUGGAUGAAGACCAGCGUAAACUUCGCCUCUAUCAGGAGCGCUAUUUAGCUGAUGGUGACCUCCACAGUGAUGGUCCUGGAAGGAUGAGAAAAUACAGAUGGAAAAUGUUUGGUAAAUUAAUUUAAUUACAGCUUCAUCUUGAACAUGUUUAUGUAGCCUUUGAGCCACACAAGAGUAGUUUUUGUUUCAGGACAGGUUUUAGAUGAAGGGAAAUCCUGUUUUUAACCUUGGUUUAUAUAAUUAACUUUUAAUGUGCUAAGCCACAUAGGUGAUAACAGCAGGGGCAGUUUGUAGAGGGCAAUGGGCUCUAAAGUGGGACAUUUUUCUUAAAGGACCACUAUAGUGCCAGGAAAACAUACUCGUUUUCCUGGCACUAUAGUGCCCUGAGGGUGCCCCCACCCUCAGGGACCCCCUCCCGCCUGGCUCUGGAAGGGGGAAAGGGGUAAUAACUUACCUUUUUCCAGCGCUGGGCGGAGAGCUCUCCGCCUCCGAUCCUCCCCGCCGGCUGAAUGCGCACGCGCGGCAAGAGCUGCGCGCGCAUUCAGCCCGUCGCAUAGGAAAGCAUUUACAAUGCUUUCCUAUGGACGCUUGCGUGCUCUCACUGUGAAAAUCACAGUGAGAAGCACGCAAGCGCCUCUAGUGGCUGUCAAUGAGACAGCCACUAGAGGAUUAGGGGGAAGGCUUAACCCAUUCAUAAUAGCAGUUUCUCUGAAACUGCUAUGUUUAUAAAAAAAUAGGUUAACCCUAGCUGGACCUGGCACCCAGACCACUUCAUUAAGCUGAAGUGGUCUGGGUGCCUAGAGUGGUCCUUUAAUUUUCAGAACUGAUCUUUAGAAACAUUAAUUGUACUUGUUCAGCUUCAGAUUUUUCUCUCCGACAAAUAAGAGAAUGUUGAAGUCUACAGCAAAUAUUGGUUAAGGGUGCCAGACUGGAUCACACUCCUUGAGCCCUGUGCUCUUUCUGGGAGUGUGUGUAAUGGGUGAGUGUGGUCUGUGUGUGUGCAUUUAUGUGACUGUCUGGUUUUUCUGGCAUCGUGUGCCGGUGUGUGUGAAUGUGCAAGUAUUUGUGUGUUCAGGAGCAUGUAUGGUAGUAGCUUGCAAUGUGUGGAAGAGGAGGGUGAUUUGUGUAUGUUGUGUUUAUGGUCUGGCUGUGUUUCAUGUGUCUGAUAUAAUUGUAUGUCAAGAGGGGGCCGAGUUAAAGUCUCUCCACACUCUAAUGCCUUUUAGAGUGGUCCGAUGAGCUCAUGUUGCAGCUGCAGUUCUUUCAGUCAGACAUCAGUGAACAGUGACUUUUAAUCUGGAGCUCCUGGGUCCUGUGUGUUUAUCUAUUUUCUGCGAAUGUACAGUCUAACCUUAUUCUGUCUUACCUAGAUGAUGCCUCUCAGCUGGACAUGUUCCGCAGGGAUUCUGAGCUGGAAGAUCAGGAGCUUGAUAAUGAAGAGCUUGAUGAAGCAGAUGCGAAAUGGAGGAAAGAAAGAUUUGAGCGUGAACAAUGGCUCCGUGAGCAGGUAUACCUUGCCACAAUCCUCUAAAUGUUAUUUGUGGGAAUAAUUUUUAUUAUUAAAUUAGUAGUUGCAUAACAGUUUUUCGGCGGCAAUGUCCGUUAUCUUAAUGCAGUAUUUGCUGACUGAUUUGCCUAUUUAUUGCAGUCUUGUGUAUUAGUUUCCCAAGAUUGCUGCAUUAGUCAUACAUCUGAAAUCUGAUUCAGACAUACAUCAUAGAGAGAAACUUCUUUUGUAGGCUUUGAACUCUUAAAAAUGUUUUUUUAAUUGUUUAAAUGAUGAACUAUUGGCAGGUGUUGCUAAAGUUGUUCACCCAAGUUUUUUACUCCUGGGAGUCUUUUGAGUUUUAGAAGUUUGCUGCAAGUGAGCCUUGAUACCUUUUUACUUAUUUUUUUUAUUUAUUUUUUCCAUUAUCUAGUCAAGUGGUCAUGCUGCUCAUGAAGAAGAGGAAGAAAUUGGAGAGAGCAGCCAGUUCAUGAAACUUGCAAAAAAAGUUACUGCUAAGGUCCUUCAGAGAAGAGGUAAAAUAAACUUUGCCUCAUUUACUGGAUAACUGCAUUUUGCACCCAAAGUUGUUUCAGAUUUUUAUUUUUUAUUACAGCAUUUACUUUGUCCAGUAUGGCAAUUCUUGAUUAGUAACACCUUUUUUAUGCUUUUCAGCUACCACAGAAACAAGUGAAGUAAAAAAACCUGUCUCAAGAAAUCCAUUUGAAGUCAUCAGGCCUUUCAGCAACCCUAAUGUGAGUAGCUAAUAAUCUUCUACUUCUUCUCUAUUUCCACAGUCAGAAUUUUCCUUUAAAGCAACUUUUCCACUUCUCAGAAUUGCAUGCAGAUUGUUGAAAAAAUUGUUGAAAUCUGAAAUCCCGAGGCUUGACUACAUUGGAAUUUCAUUGAAAUGCCACUACUAAUUUCUGGAAUAGUUUCCUCCCCACUGAGCUCUACAAGGAUUUGUACAGCAUCAGCAUGCACUGCCUGGACGCUGCAGCAGUGCUGUAGAGUGUGCACAAAAGUGUUUUUUGUUUUUUUGGUUUUUUUGGUGUGUAUUGGAACUAUAUUAUGCAUAUUCAGGUACACUCUGAAGGGAAGUUCUAAAGCUCUGCAUUCUCAUCAGGUGAAGCUGUGGUUUGCAUUCUAUACUUUUGGAAUAUUAUUAAAAAUAUUGCAAUUAGAAACAUAUCCUUCAUUGCCAAUUAACAUUUUUUUUUUUUUUUUGCAAUCAGUAAUUUAACAGGUCAAUGUCAUGGUUCACUUUGUAGCUGGCGCCAAUUGGCUUCUCAACUAUACUAAGCCCCUACUUUGUGUAUGUAGUGAAAUUUUGGGCACCCACUUUUAAAGAAUCGUAUUAUGAUGCUGGAGAAUGAACUAGAAAAUAUUUGAAUGUUUUAAUUAAGGCUAGAAAACGUGAACUUGUUUACAUUAGAGCAAACUAAUCGGAGAGAACCUUCAGACAUGUACAGGACCAGUAAAAACAGCUCUUUUGUAACCUAUUCAUUAAGCUGUUCAAAGGAUAAGAUGUCGCCUGUUUAUAUUUAGAGUAAAAGGAUUCUUUACAUUAAUCGUAAAGUUGUGAAAUGAUUUUUUUUUUUUUUUUAGAUGAAGACAGGCUCCCUUUUAAACAAACCAAAAGAAGUCCUGCAGAAACUUGCAGCAAUGUCAGAUCUGAAUCCCAAUGCUCCACGAAACUCCAGAAACUUUGUCUUUCAAACUUUGUCACCAGCAAAAAAAGAGGAAUCCGUAGACAGACCAAAAGCAAAGGUAAUUAUUAAAUUUUCUUUGAUCAGAGAUAUUGUAUAUCUGUUUCCUAAAAGCAUAGAUGAUGGUAUCUACAGUUGUAAAAGCAACUAUUAAUUCCAGUCCAUGAAGACACAGAAUAUUACAAACUGCAGUAUAAUUUCAGUCUUAUUGUUUAGAGUGAAAAAUGUAUUUGAUCGUUAUUGAUGAUAGACUUUACAAAUUUCUAUUUUUCGUGACAAUUGAUGACUUUUCCACAAAUUCCCUGUAAAGUAUUUUACCAUGUAACUUGAAAGUUUAAGCCAAGAAAGGGAUACAUAUGAUGUUCUUUGGACCUGGAUAUCUUAGGUGUGAAUUGUAGAAACUGGCUAUAUAAGAGGGUUAUGCCCUUCUAUCAGGGGGUGUCUUCUGUAGUUUUCUCCCCUGGUUUCACUCUGAGGGUUAUGCAUGACUAGGGGCACUUCUUAUAUUGUAGAAACUGACUAAUUGUAUCAUCAUCCAUCAUUGCCUUUAGGAUAAGAAUGUAGGUUGGUUUCUCCUUUACAAUAAUUUUAAUAUCUACCGACCCAGAGGUGGAUACCAUCCACCUCUUUGUUUAACCUUAUGUGUUUUCAGGCUAUAUGAAGUUAUUUUUCUUUUUUGUCUAGUAGUUAUGUAUUCGAUGCUAAUAAAAGUUAAGGUUUUUGUUUUGCCACUAUUUUAUUAGACUGCUCUUUCCAUUUACUCUCCCUAUUGCUAUUAAUUCACAUGCGUGAUCUGUUCAUUAAUUUUGCCUUUUCAUAUUUAUGGCGCUCCUCAUAGUAGCAUUAAAGAGGUGUGUUUUUAUUUUUUUAUUUUUUUUUUAUUCCAACCACCAUGACCACUUCUGCUUUUAGAAGUGGUCGUGGUAGUAGGAGUCUGGAUAUUCUUUUUCAUAUUGUAACACUGCACAUCUAGAGAUAUUUUUAAUUGUGUUGCUGGAGGUAAGUUGUACCCCCUGCGUGAGUUAUUUGGGCAGCACACUACUGUCUAAAUUUACUGUGCAUAACUUUAAUUCUGUUGUCCACGCCCUCCAGCCAACCUAUUUAGUCUGUAAUUUUUGUAAUUGUCUGUCCUCCCUCCUCGAUUCUUUCCUCCCUUCCAUCUUAAUCAUUAAGCAUGCACUAGCAACCAGUAUUUUUUGCAAUAUUGGUAAAUUGUCAUACAUAAUGUGUUUAGAAGUUGUAAAUUCCUCCUGUGUUAUCAAAAAUCUCUUGUAACAAGUUGUCUUUAGGUGCUUCUUAAAGGGUAUAAAGAUCAAAAAGGUGUUGUGCUGCAAGCAGCAUGAGUAUUUGCACAAUUAUUGUGUGGUUUGUUAAUCAUUAGUGCUGAUAUUUGGACUUAUAAUACUAUUGUGUGUGUGGAAGCAAUGUAUUACUGAAGCCUUCCACCAUGAGAUUCAUUAAACUGUGUUUUUAUAGUCUAAACAACAAUGGUACUCUUCCUAGAAUCUCUUGCUUUUCUACAGAAUAUGCUCCCUGGACAUAUGUUCUUGAAAUUGUAUUCUAUAGCCCACAUUUUGUUUGUUCACCUUGUUUUCCAUCUCCUUUCAGGUACGAAAGAACAUUGCCUUUGCCACACCGUCUCCCAAGCGAUUAAAGUUGGACAAGCUCCACACAGUCAAGAGCAAUAGUCGGAGCAUCUUUCCUUUCUUGGAGAAUUAAUCUGCUCCACCCCAAUCCACAUUUGAGCUUCACAUAUUGUUUACUAAUUGUGCAUUGACAGAUGGCCUGAUUUAGGUGUUGCAUUAUCUACAGCUUCUGAAAUUACUCCUUGUGAUCAAUAUUCUUUGUCCCUUCAGCAGUGAAGCUUGUUUUCUAUGGCCUUGAGCCCAAAGGAGGCAAUACAAAGAUGCCAUUCUCUUUGGCAUCAGUGUUUGCUUAAACCUUAUUCUAAUGUAUCUUCUUCUAUAUGGGAUCAUCCUUUGUGUAUAUAGUUUUAUUUUUUUAUGUUGUACAUGUUUUAUGUAAUGUAACUUAUUGUUGCAUUUGUUUUAUGUAAUAUAGCCUUUCUCCAGCAGGUGUCUUUAGUCUGAGGUUACCUAUUACUUGAAUUCACAAUUUGCAAACUGCAGUUUGUGCCAUAAGCGUAUUCCUAAAUCAGUGCAUUGCAAAACAUCUGCAGUUUUACUGUUACUUAUGUCUGAUAUGCUAUGGAAUCCUUUAAAUACUAUAAAUGUUGCCAAGUAAAAUGCCAUGUCUGAAGCUGAUACUUUUGCAAAUCAAGUUGCACUGAAUCUUCUACCUCACCAUUUCAGCAGUUAAUUUUACACACAUUGUAAGCUCCUUUUAGUAAAAAGGCCAUUAAGGUACCUAUUAAGGCAUCUAUAACCUGAUCAGCCAUCACUUAUUUAUGGGUUUUUGAGUCUUAAGCUUUACAUUUAAAAAAAGUUUUUAUUGCUUUCAACAUUUUUUAUGCUUUUAAAGAAUGUUGUUAAUGUUUUUUUUUUUUUUUUAACAAGACAUCUCUGAAAUUGAUUGUAUACCUGUUAGAAUGCUAAUGUAAAUUGGGAGUCUAAGUGUAUGUAUGUAUGUAUAUAUUCCAAUUCAUUGUCAUCUGCAAAUAAUCUCCGCUGGUGCUGUCUAGUACAGUGGUUCCUAAGGCAUGACCGUUCCAGGUUUUAGGAAUUUGAUUUGGACCAUUUGUUUGCCUUGAACUGGGUUUAGAAUCACUGGUCUAAAAAGGCAAGCAGUGCAUCUUUGUCAUUAUUUGACGUAGAACAAAACUAUCAUUUUUAUUAAAUGUUCUAUAGUUAACAUUCAAUGAAUACUUCUUGUGCAUAAUUAUAGUCUGAUAAAAAACACUAGCACUGAAGAAGGGCAGCAUUCUAAUUAUCCAACGUGUAAAUUUGAUGCUAAAUUGCUUCUUCUGUGACCUUAAUAUAAAUUCUCCAAAAUUUGAUACAAAACAUUAUCAGCACUUAAGUAAACCGUUAAAAUGUAAUGGCGUGGCUGCAACUAUUCAACAUUAUAUUUUGCAAUGAAAUGAAUGAAAGGCUUUUGUAAAACAAUUUGUAAUAUUGCUUCCUCUUGUAAUAUAUUUUAUUGUAAAUGGUUAUAGAUUGCUUUUGAAGUGAGA